AGUAAUGGAAUCGGCCCCCUUUCAGUGGCGCGCCCCACUGAAUCGGAUCGCAGGCUGUCGUGGGAAGCUUCAUUCGCAGAUCCCGUCAUGGUCAUGGGGCCCGAGUCUCCGACGUUUUCUCACCCGUCCUGCCUACGCUGUCUGAGCAAUAGCGGGCGGGGGAUGCAAGGGUGACAGGCUCUUCGCACCCAGGGAAAGCCUUGGCUCGUUCUCGCUCGCUCUCUCUGUUUGUGUCGGUUGCUCUCGUGGCCGCCCUUGUUGCUGCAAUUGGUGAUGGAUGAUGGUGUCAGUUUAGUGGACGCGAGGUGAGGCUCGAGAGUCGGACCUAGUGGACCCUUUCUGCCCCUUUGUUUGGGCUGCUUGCGGAGGCAGCUCGAAAGUGGCACUUGAACUGGAUCGUUGGUGCUUCCAUCACGCGCGUUGAGUUCUGGAUGUGUCUACGAUGUUGGAGCAGAUUAGUAUGUUCGUCUGAGUGAUGGAGAGCUCGUCGAAGUUCUUACAGCCAGCCGCCGAUUCAAGGUAGGGAUGGACUGAUUCUUCCGUAGUGACGGUGGUAGAGGCUAUUCAUGUGUCAGGGACAGCAGGCAAUCUCGCUGGAAAUGAUUUGAUGAAGGAGGAGACCAGCCAAUGAGCAUAUCGCGCAAUAUGACCUGUACGCUGGGGACUCCGUUUGCAGCUCUGAAGUGCAUUGUCGAUUUUAGAUCAGUGUAUUGAGAAAGAGGUGGAGUUGUGUUAUGUGAGGAAAUAUCCUGUCUCGUAUUCGGGCUGAUUCAGCUCUGCAUCCUUGAUGCGUUUGCGGCGUGAAGACAGUUUUCAGGUGCUUGUGUUUUGGCGGCUUUUGAUCUUAAAUCUUUGACUUUUACACUCUCCAUACCGGAGUUGUGCUGAAUUGUGGAGGAUGUAGGCCUAGUGAUAAUCUGUCUAUUCCACCGGACUGGUUAUAUGACUCGCGAUGGAGCCGGAUGGCUUCAUCGAAUUACGAGGGAGCAUCUCUGGUUCUGAGCAAUUUGUGAACUUUUUGAGUAAAUCAGGCGACAGUAUGGAUGAAACAAACCACAGGUCCCGAUCUUAUGCAGGGCUGGAGAACAGGUAUUCUCAUCAGCUCGAUCUGGAAGAAGUAUCUUUAUCUAGCGGAGGAUCGCCUGGAGCAUCUCCAGGAGCUAACUCCAGUAGCGAGGGUUCAAGCGGUCUAGCAAGAAGUAAAAGCAAGAAAGAGGGCACUCUGCGUACAAAGAGAGGAGGAAAGGCCCUGAAAAUUAUGGUGACCUCUCCCAAAGAAGAAGAGCAACGCAGAAAGGCUCUAUAUCUUGAGUCCAUAGCUGGCAAUACUCCUUUGUAUCCAUUAGAUCUGCAAGAACUCUCAGCCGAUUCCGGUCAAGAAGAAGAGGAGUCCGACAGGAGCAGUGUGUUUUCACCAGAGGUAGCAGCCAACGGAUUUGGUUCGCCAAUAGAGCUGCCUUCCCGGGACAAUUUUGAGGAUCUACUCAAUCGAAGAGCAGAAGCUGAAAGACGGAUGCAAGUGAUGACUGCAGCCGACGAUUUGAUUAAAGAUCACAGGGAGAACGGUUCGCUAGAGGACAUUCCUUUAAGAAGCAAAGUUGAUCCUUUAACAGAUUCACAAGCUCAUAAGUACUACGAUGACGAGAUUUCGCCAGUGGAAGAAAACGUAUCACCUGCCAGCAGAUCCUUGACAUCGUUCAUCUUGAAAACGUUGAUUCUUAUACUUGUGUGGUACAUAUUUAGCACUUUUUUGACAUUGUAUAACAAGUUACUACUGGGAAUCGACAAGGGGCAUUUUCCAGCUCCACUUUUAAUGAACACCAUUCAUUUUUUGAUGCAAGCUGUUAUUUCAACCGUCAUCAUUCGGUUUAUCAAACCUUCGUUGCUCCCUACAUUCAACAUGUCAUGGAAGGACUACUUUUUGCGCGUGGUACCCACAGCCGUAGCCACAGCCCUUGAUAUCAACCUCACCAAUAUGUCUCUAGUGUUCAUAUCAGUUACCUUCGAAACGAUGUGCAAGUCGGGUGCCCCAGUUUUCCUGCUCCUUUUCGCGUUCGCAUUCAAGCUGGAGGUACCUAGCUACAAGUUGCUGGGAGUCAUGUUGAUCAUAGCAUCUGGAGUCAUGCUGACUGUCGUUAAAGAAACGCAGUUGAAUGUUGUGGGCUUCAUAUUUGUCAUGGCGGCUUCUAUCAUGACGGGAUUCCGCUGGACGGUUACGCAGCUCUUGCUUCAGAAAGAAGAAUACGGUCUAAACAAUCCGUUUGCCGUCAUGAGUUAUCUGACACCAGUUAUGACAGCUUUGUCCUUGAUACUGUCAUUGAUACUAGAGCCUUGGAGUAAGUUUGGAGAAAGCCAUUACUUUGAUACUCCAAGGCACGUGAUGUCAAGUUGUGCUCUUAUGUUACUUGGUGGUGCCUUAGCAUUUUGCAUGGUUUCGGCAGAGUAUCUGUUGAUUUCUGAAACUAGUGCUGUUGCGUUUACUGUGGCCGGAGUAUUCAAGGAGGUCGUGAUGGUAUUGGUCGCAGUGAUAUUCCUACAUGAAGAAUUCACAGUAUUGAAGGGAGUUGGUCUUACCAUCAUUAUUGUAGGCGUUAGUCUCUUCAACUGGUUGAGAUAUCAAAAGUUGGCUCAAGGUGAUUCAGGCGAACACGGAUCAAGCAACCGUGUUGGGAACCACAAAUACGUGGCUCUUACGGAAAGCAAUGCUGUUUUUGAACUCGGAGAUGACUUGGAGGACGAUAUUCUUUGAAUCUCGAAUCCGAGAAACCCCUACCCUGGAGUUUAGUCCCCUCGAUCUAGUCAUCUACAUUUCAAAAGUUGAGAUUGUAAUGAGCAGUCUAGAAGAGAGGAAGGUUGUAUAUUGAAUCUAUUCAUUUCAAUUAACAUGUUCUCAGAGUCCUCCCCUUUCUACCUAGACGCUUAAGCGGACAAGAUUGAUUGUCUGUGGCAUGCCAAACCAUUGAUCGUAGUCUGAACUACCUCAAAACCCACGGGAUGGUGGAGUGCUGGACCCUUUUCAAUCGUGUUAAUUGAGGGUGCCUCGCCCUAGGGAGAGUGUAAAGUAGUAGACUUAUUAGGCAAGACGCUCCAUUUAUGUUACACCUUACCCAUGAAGAAUUGCGGAAGCUUAUGAAAUUUCUUCCAUCAGAAUCACUCGUAUUUUCAUGAAUUUGCCAAUCAAAGGUACCUUAUCGGAGUUGCAGCCCGUACUGCAAUGCACGAUGC